CUUCCUAUCUCAUUCUCUCAAACAACUACUCUUAUUUCUCUUCCUCAAUUUCCUAUUCACAUUAAGCUCUUCUUCUCUCUAACAACCCAAUAAAAGUAUAACCUAUGGCUAAAGGAGGCAAACUCACCAAGUUAAAGUCAGUCUUGAAGAAAAUGCAAUCUUUCAAGCCAGGCCGUAUUAACAGCAGCCUGGUAGUGGCCACCAACAAUUCUUCCUCUGAUGAAGAUUCAUAUUCCAUUAAAGACCAACACACUUUCUACGUUGGUAAGUCACGGCGCCUAUACCUCGUCACCUCUGACGUUGUCUGCCAUCCACUCUUCAGGGAACUUGUCGAAAGAUCAGGGGAUUCAGAAGACUCCGUCGUCACCAUCGCCUGUGAAGUUGUUCUUUUUGAACACUUACUUUGGAUGCUUGAAAAUGCUGAUCCCCAGCCAGAGUCGUUGGAUGAGCUUGUCGAGUUUUACUCUUGCUGAAUUAUUUUGGUAUUAAGGGAAUAUUGAUCUCGUAUAACUAUCAGUAACUAAAAACAGAAGAGAAAGAGAGAGAAGAGAGUACUCUUACAUGGUUGGAGUCAGCUACCAUGUGGUAUAUAGUAGUAGCAAAAAUUUUUCUAGACAGAGAAUUUUAUAAGUUAGAAAUUCAAAGGCGAACCCUGAAUUUAGAUUCAGUGGAUUCAAGUUGAACAUGAUCUUAUUUUAUAUUUAUACAUUUUAUUUUAUUGUUACAUCUGUACGAAUUAUGGGAUUAAUCUACUCUUUGAACUUGCCCUAAAUUCGUCUAUGAUAGGAAUUGAGAUGAUAGAUAUGACUUAUGAGGCAAAACCUGCAGUGGCAGUUCCUCUCCAAUAUAAUCUGUAAUGGCAUCGUAGUAAGAAUGUGAUAAGCUCAUUGUUACAAGGCUAAUUUCGCGAUUAAUGGAGAAUCCAAAUGGGUACUUAUAUUCAUU